AUGGAUAAACAUGAGACCCAAGCACUUCAUCCCCGCGCCAUCAAACAGACCCCAAGAUAUUCAAUGGCCGAAGGACGAAAUCAUCGCAUCGACCACGCGCUCUCUUCGCUUAUCGAAACAUUUUUGCGCGCUGGACCAGAUGAGGGCCAGGAGGCCUACCACGAGAGACAUGAUGCUGCGUUGGACAGAGCACAGCAGAUUAUCGAUAGCCAGGGAAAACCGAGUGUCGUGAUGGAUGUACAACAUAUUGUUGAUUGUAUCAAAAAUAAACUCGUUAGAGAUCAUAAAUCGCCCGAUCCAGCAUUACGAUUUUCACAUCUGUGCGCCAAACUUCUAAACCAACGAGUCCUCUCACAAAAAUGGGCUGUUCUCUACUUACUCCAUGAGCUUGCCGAUUCGCCACAAUAUGCCGCCCCCGUAGGUGAUCAAACCUUUGUCAUGGCUCCUAGCGCAGGGAACGCAGUGUUUUCAGAAGCCUUCAGCUAUAUGGGGUUACACAGAUUACCAGGACGUGAAAAGGCUCGAGGGCCUGGGGGUGGUGGUUUAGUGGGCGGGGAUCUUGGAGGACAAUGGGGAAGUUUAGGAACUGGAGCUGACGAGGGGGCAAUGAGGACCAAAGCGGAGCUAUUAGCGGAGAGGGAUGAUGGAAUUGAACCGAGUGAGCAGACUCUUCUUUCAUGCUUGCCGUUUACACUUCUUGGUCUUUCAUCAACCUCACUGCCAUUUAACCCUGCAACUAUCCCACCGAAUGCGAAAGAUACCACAAUGCAGAAGUUUGUGAUAUCUAUCCCGCCAAGCUUGCCGUUACCUCUAGUAUCCUUGCUACACACAUUAGCAGAACCGUCACUAUUAUAUAGGUCACUCAAUGAGUUUGUGGAGUCGUCAUUCGAGGGUGAAGUCCAUGGAGGGCUAGUUGGGCAAUCUCUCAAGUCUGCCAUGGGUUUAGAGCUUAGGGGAUAUAUUAACCUUAUUGGCGGGCUAGAAAGUGAGAUCCGGAGGGCAGUUGCAACAUCCGAUACCAACAAAGGAGUGAGAGCGGCCGGAGUCACUCUGAAAAGAUGUGUUGUCUGGACAAGAGAGGCGACUAUGGGGCUGAGAUUGAUGAGCUUGAUUGUUGAACAAACGAAAGAUAAAAAGGGCGGACAACUUAUUUCCACCAUUCACACAUUUGCAUCAUCACAUGGUGACCCUUUUGUGCAUUCAUUUGCUGAACGUUUGUUGAGCCACGUUACUCGUCCUUUCUAUGAUAUGCUCCGACACUGGAUCUAUGAUGGCGAACUUACCGAUCCUUACCUGGAGUUCUUUGUUAUUGAACAAAACCCGAGUAUCCCUGAUAUGGGCGGUGCCAAAGUUGGUGCCUCUUCCGUAUGGGAGGAUAAGUACACUAUACACUCAUCGCAAGUUCCAACAAUAAUCACAGAGUCCUUCGCAAAAAAGGUAUUCCUCAUCGGAAAAUCACUCAACUUUAUUCGUCAUGGCUGUAGCGACGCAGAGUGGGUGAUGAGCUACUCAAAAUCUACCUCUAAAGAGCUUACGUAUGGAGAUACUGCCCGCUUAGAGAUGAGCAUCGACGAGGCCUACAAAACCACCAUGGCCAGAUUAAUUGAACUCAUGUCAACUAAAUUUAAAUUAUUUGAUCAUCUUCGUGCUCUUAAGAAGUUCUUAUUGCUAGGACAAGGGGACUUUAUUGCAUUACUCAUGGAAGGAUUAUCAGGGAGUUUAGAAAGACCUGCAAACGCUCUCUACCGUCACAAUCUUACUGCACAACUGGAGCACGCGAUCCGUGGGUCCAAUGCACAAUUUACAAAUACAGCGCAGCCAGACCUCCUAAUCCGGGUAGACUAG